CUCAGCCCUGACCCCCAGUGGAAAACCCGUCUCCACCCCUGUUUCGUCGCGACCUUCAACCCCCUCUCACCACCUACCCACUGCCGCUGCCGGUUCAAUUUUUUCCACACCCACCGAGAAGACAUCAUUGACGAUCGAUCUAAUUAGCAAGUCAAUUCCUGAAUGCAGUCGUCUGGAAGACGUGUUGAAGCUAUCUAUGCCCAACCAAUCAAUCGAGCUGAUCUCGCCAGAUCUUGGCCGAUAUCUUGUGAAUCUUACGCAGCUCGAUCUGUCGAACAACCUGAUCGAGCGGAUAGAGCACCUGGACAGGCUGCCACAUCUCCGAAAACUUGUGUUGACGUCCAACAAAAUAUCUCGACUGGACAAUGUAGAUAAGCUGCAGAAGCUGGAAUAUCUCUUAAUCCAAAGUAAUUACGUUUCACUCAUAGACGAGGUAGAGAAGCUGCGGGGGCUGACGAGGCUGUCCACCUUGUAUUUUCAAAACAUUGACAGGACGCAGAAAAACCCUAUCUGCUUCGUGGACAAUUAUAGGACACGUGUAUUGGAGGUAUUGCCGAGCUUGCGGAACUUAGACGGAGAGAGGAUUCGAUCUAUCGUUGCCGCCGUGGCAGCCGGGGCGGGGGGGGGGUCGACAGUCUCUUCCAUCGCCAAUCAUUGGUGUUCAUCCUUAUCUUCCAUCGCCUCCUCAUUCUCCUCUUCCUCUUCUGCUUCGUCUUUCUCCUCCUCCCCCUCCUCCUCCUCCUCCACCUCCUGCUCCUCCUCCUCCUCCUCCUUCUCCUCCUCCUCCUCCUCCUCCUCCUCCUCCUCUGCCACUACGCUUGGCUCUGUUGACUUCUUGGUCUUGCGCUCCGCCAGUGAUGAGACCUCGAUGGAUGGAGUUGACGUCAACAAGCUCACUGCAACGCUCGCUAAUCAGCGAUCGCGAUGGUGGGGUCCGGAUUGCUUGGAAUUGAUGGGCCCUGAAGAUUACCGACGGUCGGGAUCGUCCGAAUGCAGUAAGGCAUUGGAGUCUCGGGUAAAGCAGUUCCAAGAGAUCGUCAGAGAUUGCACGUCCCUUUCUCAAAACUGCAGUUCAUUGCUCAAAGAGCACAACAGACUGGUUCGAGAAAUUAUUGCGGCAAAAAAAUCAUCAUAGUCAUCAUCAUGACCACAAAACCGCUGUUGAUUUCUUUUCU